UCUUUUUCUUUGUCUUCCUUCUUCUUCUUUUUUUGUUCUUGACACUGAGUAAUCUGGAGAAGGCCAUUUUUGCGUAUUAAUAAAAAGGGUGCUUCGUGUUUCGUAUUUAUUUUUGUUUCAAUGUUUACAAAAAUUUAAUCACAUUGGUUGAUAUAAAUUGAUUAGUUCAUGAUAAAACUCUAAUUUUUAUACAAUUUUAAGCAACAUUGUAAACAAUUUUCCCUUCAAUCCACAUCAAACCAUCAACUCUAUGACUUGGCUAAAAAUGUCUUUCAUUUGUUUAAUUGCUUUGCUUUUUUCAGUGAACUGUUUGACAAUCAAUGCUGACCCAAUUGUCAACAACAACUCAUCAACUGUUGAAAUUAGCGGGUGUAGAGGACAAAUUGUUGAGACAAUUCCCGUUGGUUUAGUCUUUCCUAGUUACAAAGGGCCCGUUUUUAAUUCAACAAUCGCCUCUUGGCUUGAUUUGGUUUCAUCUGCUCAAUCAUCAAUCGACAUUGCCUCCUAUUAUUGGACUCUUCUUUGUAGUGAUGUUGAAAAUCCAAUCAAAGAAAGCUGUGAAGUUGGUGAAUCUUUUGUUGAGGCUUUGAAAGAAGCGGUUAGCCGAGGAGUUAAAGUCCGUGUGGCAGUUAAUGGUAAUGAUAAAAAGGUUGCUUCAGAUCCUGAUUUACGAUUGCUUAAAGAUUCCGGUAUUACUGUUGCCAAUCUUGAUUUUGACCGUUUGAUCGGUGCAGGUAUUUUACACACAAAAUUCAUUGUUGUUGAUAAUUCCAGCUUCUACUUGGGAAGUGCAAACAUGGAUUGGCGUUCUUUGACUCAGGUUAAGGAGCUUGGUAUUUACAUUCAAAACUGUCCAUCUCUAGGAGAUGAUUUGGCUAAAGUAUUCAAUGUUUACUGGAGUCUUGGACAACCAAAUGCAACUAUUCCUGAUAAAUGGCCAUCAACCUUUGAAACUGAUAUUAACAUGGAAAAUCCAUUGAACUUGACAUUGGAAGGAAUUUCAGCAAAAGUUUUCAUGGCAAGUGCACCUCCAAAAUUCAAUCCUUCAGGAAGAACUAGUGACAUUGAUGCCAUUUUGGCUGCUAUCAAUGACGCUAAGAGAUACGUUUACAUUGCUGUUAUGGACUAUUCGCCCACCUUUUUAUAUGGAAGUAAGCCAGAGUAUUGGCCAGUUAUUGACAAUGCUUUGAGGAAAGCUGUGGUUGAAAGAUCAAUUGAUGUUAAAUUGUUGGCAGCUAAUUGGACACACACUAAGUACAGUUCGGUUAUUUUCCUUAAAUCUCUUAAUGAACUGUAUAAAUAUCCUGGUAAAGGAGCUCUCUCUGUAAAACUAUUCAAUGUCCCAGGAACUGUUGAGCAGCAAAAAGUACCUUAUUCUCGUGUCAAUCACAACAAAUACAUGGUAACUGAUCAAAUGGUUUACAUUGGAACUUCUAAUUGGUCUGCUGAUUAUUUUGUCAACACUGGUGGAGUCUCUUUUGUUGCUUCAUUCGCAGACGUUAGAAAGGUGCGAAACUUGCGCAAGGAUAUUCUUGACAUUUUUUACCGAGAUUGGGAAUCAACCUAUUCUUUUAACGUUAACAAAUAUUCGGGAAAACGUCGACCAACGUAAUUUGUUAAGGGCAACCUCAAUCAACCAGACAAACAGUAUUGUUUUAAUUACCGGACCAUUAUUAUAAUUGUCUCAUUUUUUUCCUAUUCUCUAAUCAAAUUGACUCGACUCAAUUUUGUAAAUAAGAGUCAAUUGACUCUGACAAUUUGUUUAAUUGCUUAAUAAUGAAAGAAAACAAAGGCAUGCAUAUUCUACAUAAUAAGUCUGUAAAUUAACGUAAAUUAAAGACUGUUGUGCUUAUUGUCCAUCAAAAUGAAAUGAUCAAGUUGAAAAACAAUCUAAAAGAAAUCAAUGAUUCAAUAA